AUGAUGGAUAUCAAAUCAGGAAUCACUGAUGAUGUUUUUCAUCCAUCUCUAGAUACACCAAAGGAAUCAGAUGAUAAUGUUCAGCAUACACCAAAAAAGUUAGAUGAUUUACCUGCUGAUGUGUUAUAUGAGCUUUGCAAUUACUUAGACCCAAUUAACUUAAUGAAAACCAAUAGGUAUCUAUGUGAUGUAUUUGCGCCAUAUUAUUAUGAUAAAAUAUACUUAUUUCUUGUUCUUACAAAAACUGAUUCAGAGAGGAAAAUGGAUAUGCGUCAUUUACAAGUUGGGGCUGAAGUUGUCUAUGAUCACAAAGGCGUUAAACAGUCACUAGCCGAGAGAAUUAUGAAAAGAACGUUAUAUGAUUAUGAAGUUUUAGAUACAGGUGUUGAUAAUGAAUAUUUGAAAACUGCAGAUGAACAUUUAACUCCAAGGUUUUCAAGAUUAAAACUUAAACGAAAAACUAUUAUACCAAGUGUUAUUUAUAAAUACGAUCAAAUAAUUUGUAUAUUGGAACAUGUCAUUAAAAACCCAAAUUCUAGACUACGAAGAUAUAUCAGAAAAAUAAUGGUUAAUGUUGCAAUUUUUGAUGGUUUCCCAGAAUUAAUAACAAAUGAAGGCUGUUCGAUUCAACAAAAAAUUGAAGAAUUGAGGAUUGAGAAUAGAUCAGAAGUCUUGAUCACAGAUCAAAUCUCAAACACUAUGGAUAUUACCAUUCAACCCAAAGUAUGUAGAUGUCAUACACCAUUGACCACAAUGCCUUUCGAAACUUUUGAAAGCAAAGACAAAUCAACUGAGUAUCAAUAUACUCCAUACUGGAGAGAACAGAUCCUUGUUGGUGCUUUAUAUCACUAUUAUUACAACAAUUGGAGAAUUGGUAUCUUGCAAGAAAAUACACAAGAGAGAUUCGAAAAAGUGAAUGCGUUUUCGAUAUUAAAAAUUAAAAUGACAUAUAUUUAUAGAGUUUCAAACUUGAAGGAAAAAGAAAAAUUAAAAGAUGAACACGCAACCCAUAUCCAAGGAUGUGUAAGGUUAGAAAACAAAUCAUUUGUUACUAAAAAUACAGUUGAAACUUUAUUGGAAGAUUUGAUAGAUCUAAUGGGAUCAAAUUCUAUUUGUGGUAAUAUGGAUUGUUCACUAAUAUUAAGUGGUAUUUUAGAUUACAAAAUGGGAUUUACAAAUCCAAAGGCAUUAUCUAUAGAUUUAGGAAUAUUGAAACCAACAUUCAUAAUGAUCAAUAGAAAGCCAAAUACAAACUAA